AUGACAUCCACAGUUCGGACGGGGGCUGACGCCGCCAGCAGAAGCUCAAGCUCUACACCGCUGCGCAAGAUAUGUCGCGAACAGCAGGUGAUGCGAUCGGCUUUGGCUGGCGACUGCCACGCCAAGCACAAGCUAGAAUACGACUCACCUCAGCAUUUCGGGAUGGCGGAGGCCGGUGCCGGAGCCAGCAUGGAUGACCACACCGAUGAUGAUGACGAGGAGCUGCAGAAUGCACGCGACUCCAAUGAUGCCACCCAGGCGCAGGACAAGAUCAAGAAGUUACUGAGCGAGGUGUGCAAGCAGCAGCAAGUUAUUGGCCAGGCCAGUCAGGCCUUGAAUCUGUGCGCAGCUACCGUGGAGUUCUCCGGCUCCACAGAGUCCGUAGAGGGAGAGCGGUAUCUGUUGCUGGCAACUAAUCGUCGACAGUCGUGUUUGGAUGAGGUACAGCGUCUGCGUGUGGAAAACAGCGUCCGACCGGUGGGUGGACCAAAAGAAAAGGGUCUGUUGAGAUUACCAUUCCGUUGCGGCAUGAUACAACGAACACGUGCUGGCCACCAAGACUGUGCUGACCAUGCCCGGUCCGGUCCGGUGUCCGUUAAGUUACCCGAUGUUCUCCAGCUUAACAAUGUCUAUGCAGACUUUCGGAUCACGCUUGAAAUCUACGGAAUGCUGGCACAACGGGAUCAGUUGCCACACGACCUCAAGUACCACAUAAACCUGAACAAGAAGGGCGGCGUAAAGACGCCAAAGAAAAAGGGAGGCGAGAAUCGCUUAGUCAUGCCACCAGUGGAUAGUCCGGCCGGCCCGCAUGUAGUGCGAACGCCUCAAUUGGUGCAAUACGGGUUCGCCAUUUUCUCGCUGCGAGAGAUACAGCGCACCAGCUGGACGCUAACUCAAGUGCUAGGCGUCAGCCCUCUGGAGGGCGUCGUCCACAUGAAGGUCAACUGUGAGCUGUCCGUGGGCGUGGAGUACAAGGGAUUCCUCACUAUGUUCGAGGACAUAUCCGGUUUUGGUGCCUGGCAUCGUCGCUGGUGCUAUCUCAAUGGCUCCGUACUCAACUUCUGGAAGUACCCCGAAGAUGAGAAGAAGAAGUCUCCCAUGGGCAGCAUCGAUUUGAAUGCGUGCAGCUCACAGAAAGUCACCACCGCGCCGCGCGACAUCUGCGCCCGCCUCAACACCAUGCUGCUCGAGUGCGAGCGCCCGGCCAAGGACACGGAUCAAGAAUCGCUGAUAAUAGUGCCCAACGAACGCACCACCACAGUCCGCCACCUCCUCUCCGCCGAUACCAAGGAGGAGCGUGAAGAGUGGUCCGCUUACUUCAACAAGGCCCUGACUCUGCUGCGGGCCUGGGGGCCCACCCACUGAUGGGACUAACUAACCGCUAACAUUUUUGCAAUUGCUGUCACCCGUGACCCAUGACCCCUGACCCCAGAUCCUGACAGGGGGCUCUUUAAAGUUUUCUCUUGUUAAGUUUUUUAAUGUUCUAAUUUCAUUGCGUUUGGCUUUUUUUGUUUUUGUCGUUUCUUUGUACAGUAUUUAAAAAUUCUUCGUAUUCUACUGGCACAUGUUUGUGUUCGAGUUAGAUAUGUAUAAAGUAUUGUUUAAAUACCUUUUAUAUGUACGACUAGAUCAUGUAGAACUUAUGUAUAUUGCCUUUAGGAUGUGUCUCAAAAUAUAUAUGUAAAUCCCAGUAAAAUCGCUGUUACACACUGAUAACUUUAUUGGAUACUUUUAAUAUACACAUACACAUAAUAA